UUAUUUUCCCACCCCAAAAUUACCCCAAACCCCCCAAAAUUUGUAUUUUUUUUUAUUUUUCAGAUCAUUCAGCAGCUGCGGAGCCUCUUCCCGUUCUUCGGGGGGCGCUACCAGGGCUGGAAGGAUUCCGUGCGCCACAACCUCUCCUCCAACCCCUGCUUCGCCAAGGUGCUGAAGGACCCCUCCAAGCCUCACUCCAAAGGCAACUUUUGGACGGUGGACGUGGCUCGGAUCCCUCCGGCGGCGCUGCGGCUGCAGAACACGGCGGUGGCGCGCGCCAACAACGCCAACGUCAACGUCAACAACGUCAACGUCAACGUCAACGCCAACAACAACGUCAACGUCAACGCCAACAACGCCAACAACGUCAACGCCGCCAUCCCCUUCGUCCCCGACCUCUCCCCCUUCAUCCUCUCGGGGUGCCCCUUCCCCCCGUCCCCUCCUGCCCCCCAAAAUUCCAACUUCUCCAUCGAUUCCCUCCUCCGGCCGCCCCCGAAUUGGGAGGGGCCGAAAUUCGGGGCGCCCCCAAACCGCCCCCAAAUUUGGGGUCAACUGCCGACGUCCUACAGCGCCGGGCCGGCCCCCAACGCGGUGGCGCCGGCGCCACGCCCACCGCGCCUUAGCCCCGCCCACCGCGCGGCCCCGCCCACCUACGGCCCCUUAGCCCCGCCCACAACUCCCGCAGCCAAUCAGAGCGCUCGGCCCCGCCCUUGGCCACGCCCCUUCCCGGGUUUCGGCCGCACCCGGAAGUGCCGGUGUCCCCAAGCCAUGGGGGACAGCGGGGUGGCCUUGGGGACACUUGGGGACAUCGGGGUGGCCCUGUCACACGCCGUGCUCUGUGUCACCAGCCUGGGCUGCGCCCUGAGAGCCAGACAGCUGACGGGUGGCCCGGCCGCCGGCUUCCUUCUCCAGGCCCUGGUGGCCGCCACCGACGCUUUGUCCCCAUUGAUGUCCCCAUCGCUGUCCCCAAGGCCACCCACCGCUGUCCCCAACGUCCCCGAGGCCCCAUCCAGCUCCUGGAUCUGCUCAGUGGUGGCCCAACCCUUGGUGGCCUUCGGGUGCCACCGCCUGAGCGGUGACAAUGCCACCGCCAACGUCCUGUUGGUGACGAGCGCGGCGGUGGCAUCGGUGGCACUGUGGUGGCCCGGCCGAGUGCCACCGUGUCACUUUGUCACCGCGCUGACGGUCACCUCGCUGCUGGCGCUGGCGGCGCUGACCGGCGGUGGCACCGCGGCGGUGGCGGCGGCGUUGGUGGCACUUGGGGACGCGGUGGCACCCGCGGGUGUCCCCUGGGUCAGGGUGGCGGCCAGUGUGGCACUGCUGGGGACAAUGAGGGACAUGCGGCGGUGAGGGGACACUGAUGGUGGCACCAAGGUGGCACUGGUGACACUGGGGUGGCACUGAUGGUGGCACUGG